AAUGAGCCAAACAAUGACAAACGUAGCUGUGGGAUUGCCGAAGACUCGCAGAGACGUCGUCAAUCAUGUCCAAGUCGUCGCUAUCCUCUGUCGUUUCAAACCUCGUUCGGGCGUCCAUGGGGACAGCCGUUUCUCCGUCCAUCACUGACGACGACCUCGACAGACAUGUCGCAGAGCUCAUCUUGAGGGAAGCCAAACAGAAGGCCGAAAGCUACGGCACACUUGGAAUUAGGGCAUAUCUUCCAACUGCGCCUGACCCAAAUGCGCCUCGCCCGAACAAGCGUUUCCUCACUUCAAUCAUCAAGAGCACAGAUGAUCACAACAAGACUAUACUCCGCGCACAGGCGCUUGCUGCACAGGAAAUUAAACGGGAGAAAGAUGAGCGAGAGCGCAGAGAUAGGAAGGCUCGUGCCGAAGAGGCUGCUGCUGCCGAGCGCAUGCGGAGACGGAGACCUGACCAUGAUGAACAUGGUUGGGAUGGUCGAAGGGAACGUGACCAACGGAGAGACAAAGACAGGGACAGGGGGAAAGAAAAGAGUUCUGGGAGGCAUCACAAGACUAAUAAAGAUGAUGACAGUUACUACAGAAAUAGGCCCAGCAGCAGGAGACAUCGAUCACGUUCAGCAUCAAAGGAACGGGAUAGUGAUGCGAAGCACAGGACAAGCAACCGGCGAUCACCACCUUCCGAGAGAAUUAGUUCUUCUGAUAACCGUCGACAUAGAAGACAUAGACGACACGAUGACGACAAUUCCCGAAGGCAAAGACGCCAUACAAGCCAUUCUACUUCUCCACGUCGCCCCGAGUCACCAACCCAGCCUGUUCCAGCAAUUCCAGUCUCCAGGAAAAGAACGCGAUCAGUAUCUUUAUCUGACGAUGAUAAUAGAAAGACCAAGCAGACGCGGUAUUUGAGUUGUCGUACCACUCGGUCUCCUUCCCGGUCAUCCCAAACAUCCCCAGACGAUGAAGCUGUAGAGUUCACAGAGGAAGUUCUAUCUUCUUUCAACGGCAAAGCAGGAGCUUCCGCCGAAUUUACCAAACCGCCCCCUCGUACCCUUUCACCUUCCCCUCCGCGCCGACCCCGACGCGCAGUCGCUUCGUCAGGUUCACACCACAACGCUCGGUCACCAUCUUCGUCACCCCCUCCUUUACCACCCGCGCAGCUUCCCUCAAAGAUGGACAAAUACUUUCAAGAAUCUUACGACCCUCGACUCGACGUUGCAACACUCCCUGUCCCCAACGUACCUGCUACUGGCUUGGUCAGUGACGCAGAGUUCGAGGGUUGGGAUGCCAUGCUUGAACUCAUUCGGCAACGGCGAGAAGAUAAAGCUGAAAAGAAGCGUCUUGAACGUCUCGGAAUAUCAAAAGACAAGGUCAACAAGAAAGAUACAGACAGUGGAGUUGCUGAUCGUUGGGCUAGUGGAGGCGAUAACAUUAUGGACAUUGAGUACAAGAAAAGGGGGACCGUUCGAGAAUGGGACUUGGGGAAGGAGGGUUUUUAAGAGCU